AUGUCCCGCGAGAAUCAGGAAGCCCAGGAGGAUGAACUGCUGGCUCUUAGCAGUAUAUACCCUGAAGAUGAGUUUAAUAGAUCUGACACUGCUCCGGGAGGGGAAAUCCAAGUGUGUCUGGAACUUCCACCAAACUUUAGAAUAUCUGUUAAAUCCAACUCUGCAUCAAACGCCAUGGUGGAAAGCUUUGAGAACACGGUUUCCUUUCUACCACCAAUUGUCCUGGACUUUGAGUUUCCUCCUGGAUACCCCUCCACUACGUGUCCCAUCUUCACACUCAGCUGCAACUGGCUUUCACCAGAACAGCUUACGCUUAUGUGCCAGCGGUUAGACGUUCUAUGGGAGGAGAACAGGGGAAGUGUCGUUUUGUUUGCUUGGAUGCAGUUUCUUAAAGAAGAAACCCUUGAGUACUUAAAUAUAAGAUCACCUUAUGAGAUCCAGUUUACCGAUAAUGGAACAUUGAAGCAGGUCAAAGAGGAAGCGAGCCUCUGCAUUGCCGCUGCCACGCCUGAAGAGGAAACAGUUGACAGACGGGCUAUACAAGAUGUCCUAUCAGUGUAUGACCUCAUCAGACACAUAUUGGACUUUGAUGAGAGCCAACAGAAGAAAUGUUUUGACAGCAAACUGUUCCUAUGCAAUAUAUGUUUCUCUGAGAAGCUAGGCAAUGAAUGUACGUAUUUUAAGGACUGCAGCCAUGUUUACUGUGAUAGCUGCCUGAGGGACUAUUUUGAAGUUCAAAUCAGAGAUGGACAGGUCCGUGCACUUAAUUGUCCGGAGCCCAAGUGCACAUCAGUUGCUACACCUGCCCAGGUAAAGAAGCUGGUUGGAGAAGAAUUGUUCAGCCGCUAUGAUCGUCUCCUCUUGAAAUCUACUUUGGACUUGAUGACUGAUGUGGUUUAUUGCCCUCGUCUGAGCUGUCAGACCCCAGUAAUGCAAGAACCAGGGGGCACAAUGGGUAUUUGCUCAAGCUGUCAGUAUGCUUUUUGUACCCUUUGUAUGAUGACC